GGGUGAGGGUGAGGGUGAAGUUAAGAUGGCAGCGCUGCUAGGGCUGUUACUUGGCCGACCUCGAGAAAAAUACAAGGAAUAAACAAAAACAAAUAAAAAAACGAGGACGUCAGCUCACGUGUUUGAGAGAAUUCGGUGUAAGAAAAUGUAUACUCGGUUUGACUUCAAGCGCUGUUUUGCACAAGACGGGCUUUAAUAUUGUGUUCCGAGAGAAAGAGCGGCUUAUUUCGCAGUUGCACCAGCGGCGUUACGCCGACAUUAUUACCGGAUUGGAGAUACCGGAGCUACCAAGCUGCUCUUGUGCUCGUUUGCAUUUUCGUGGCGGAUACAUGGGGGGGAAGCCUACUGUACGCUUUACGACGGGUUGAAGUACCUAUUGAUCGCCAGCUAGUGACAUAUUGAUGUAAUAUAUGCAUUGUUCCCCAAAACGAUGAUGUGCGCUGCUGCUGCGGCAGCUGGAGCCGGCGGCGGGAUUCUGUCUUUAUCCCCGUCCAUGGGGCUGGGUGUGAGGGUCUUUCCCGGAGCUUUACCUGGAGCUGGGGCCGAGUUUAAUUCUGCCGGUCCCGGAAUGAGCUCCUGUUCCACCUCAGGGUCCCAACCGGACUGUCGGAGCCGAUACCAACUACUCCUGUCGGGGAGAGCUUUGGCGGAGAAGUACAGGAGGAUAUACACAAGCACUGUCAGCGAUAAAGAACAAGGCAUAACCCUCGGCAGGGGAAAGAAGGCUUUGACUAAGAAGAAACUGAAGAGGCGGCAAAAAAUCAGAUCAAAAGUCAGAACAAGAACAAAGACAGAGAAUCUUGAUGGGGCCUUCCCAGUCCCAGACAUCAAGCUCCACAGUAAUCCAUCUGCAUUUAAUGUGUACUGUAAUGUUCGGCGGUGUGUACUGGACUGGCAGCAGAAGGAGACCUCCCUGGCCCUGGCUUCCCGGAACUCUGUUCAGAGUGGUGACUCGGACAGUGAGGAAGAGGAGGAGUAUCGUGAACCUGCUGUCAAACUACCCAAGAUCAUUGGCAUUGGACUGUGUGGAGUGUUUGAGCUUAUAAAGGAGACGCGGUUCUCACACCCCUCACUGUGUCUGAGGAGCCUGCAGGCGCUGCUGGACAUGCUACAGGGCCAACAGCCUGAGAGCUUCCAGACAGAACCACCAGAUGUGCUGGAAUCUCUGUUCCACCUGCUGCUGGAGACCACAGUACGGAGUACAGGAAUGAAUGACCCCACUGGUCAAGCACUGACCGCCCUAUCCUGUGCCUGCCUGUUCAGCUUGGUGGUGGCCUGGGGAGACACUGGGAAAAUCCUGCAGGCUGUAUCUGCUAUUCUCACGAAUAAUGGCAGCCAUGCCUGCCAGACUAUCCAGGUUCCAACAAUCCUGAAUGCUCUACAGAGGAGUGUACAAGCAGUGUUAGUAGGGAAGGUCCAGAUUCAGGACUGGUUUGGGAAUGGCAUCAAACGAGCGGCACUGAUGAACAAAUGGGUUCUAAAAGAGGUGAGCAUUGAUGAGGAUGAGCACUGCCUGCUCCAAACGGAUGGAUCCUUCCUUUACCUGCUCUGUAAGGAUGGUCUCUACAAAAUCGGCUCAGGGUACAGUGGCACUGUUCGGGGCCAUGUGUAUAACUCCACAUCUCGCAUCAGGAACCGAAAGGAGAAGAGGUCGUGGUUGGGAUUUGCUCAGGGCUUUCUGUUAUAUCGGGACAUGAACAGUCACAGCAUGGCAGCCAUCAAGAUCAACCCAGAGACCCUGGAGCAGGAGGGCACUAUUACAAUGCCUGGUCUCCAAGCAGAGGGACAGAACAUAAUCUUUACAGAUGGAGAAUAUAUCAACCAGAUAGCAGCCUGCAAGGAUGAUGGCUUUGUGGUGCGAAUCUAUGCCACAAGUACAGACCCGGCCUUGCAGCAGGAGUUGCAGCUCAAGCUGGCUAGAAAGUGUCUCCAUGCCUGUGGCAUCUCUCUCUUCGAUUUGGAAAAAGACCUGCACAUCAUCAGCACAGGGUUUGAUGAAGAAGCAGCGCUGCUUGGAGCUGGUAGAGAGUUUGCUUUGAUGAAAACAGCUUCUGGGAAGAUCUACUACACUGGAAAGUACCAAAGUCUUGGCAUUAAGCAGGGUGGACCAUCAGCGGGGAAAUGGGUUGAACUGCCCAUUACAAAAUCACCUAAGAUUGCACAGUUUUCAGUGGGCCAUGAUGGCUCCCAUGCCCUUUUGGUGGCUGAAGAUGGCAGUGUUUUCUUCACUGGAUCUGCCAGCAAAGGAGAAGAUGGAGAGUCAACAAAGAGUCGCAGACAACCAAAGCCCUACAAGCCUAAGAAGAUAAUCAAGCUGGAGACAAAGACGGCGGUAUACACAGCCUGCAACAAUGGCAGCAGCAGCAUAGUCACUAAGGAUGGAGAACUCUACAUGUUUGGCAAGGAUGCCAUUUACAGUGACAGCACCUGUCAGGUAUCAGAUUUGAAGGGGCACUUUGUAACUCAGGUAGCCAUGGGGAAAGCCCAUACGUGUGUGCUGACUAAAAACGGAGAGGUGUGGACAUUUGGAGUGAACAACAAAGGCCAGUGUGGCCGAGACACAGGAGCCAUGAGUCAGGGAGGGAAAGCUUUUGGGGUGGAGAACAUGGCUACAGCAAUGGAUGAAGAUUUGGAAGAUGAGCUGGAUGAGAAGGAGGAAAAGUCUAUGAUGUGCCAGCCAGGCAUGCACAAGUGGAAGCUGGACCAGUGUAUGGUUUGCACUGUAUGUGGAGACUGCACUGGAUAUGGAGCUAGCUGUGUGAGCAGUGGAAGGCCAGACAGAGUGCCUGGAGGAAUUUGUGGUUGUGGUUCUGGCGAGUCGGGCUGCUCUUCGUGUGGCUGUUGCAAGGCUUGUGCUCGUGAGCUGGAUGGCCAAGAGGCCAGGCAGAGAGGGAUCUUUGAUGCUGUAAAGGAGAUGAUACCACUAGACCUGCUGUUAGCUGUGCCUGUCCCUCCCCCUCCAGGCGUUAAUAUAGAGGAACACAUCCAGAUCCGACAGGAAGAGAAGAGACAGCGCGUCAAUCGCCGCCACAGGCUAGAAGAGGGCAGAGGCCCCCUUGUAUUCCCCGGCCCCCUUUUUAUGAACCAGCGUGAGCAGGCCCUAGCCAGGCUAAGACCCAUUCAAGCCUUUAAGCUAAUGCGGGACAAACUCAAAGAUGGUAGCAGUGAGCGUGGUGACAAAGAUGCAAGUAAGAUCACUACCUAUCCUCCUGGAGCAGUGCGCUUUGACUGUGAGCUCCGUGCGGUGCAGGUCAGCUGCGGCUUCCACCACUCUGUGGUGCUAAUGGAGAAUGGGGAUGUGUACACAUUUGGCUAUGGGCAGCAUGGACAGCUUGGACAUGGCGAUGUGAAUUCUAGGGGGUCUCCGACUCUAGUGCAAGCUCUCCCAGGCCCCAGUGUGCAGGUUACCGCAGGCAGUAACCACACAGCAGUGCUCCUCAUGGAUGGACAGGUCUUCACUUUUGGGAGCUUUUCGAAAGGACAGCUUGGUCGGCCCAUUGUGGACAUGCCCUACUGGAAUGCCAAACCUUCGCCCAUGCCCAACAUCGGAGCUAGAUAUGGUCGCAAAGCCACUUGGAUUGGAGCCAGUGGCGACCAGACCUUUUUGAGGAUUGAUGAAGCACUAAUCAACUCUCACGUCUUGGCCACCUCGGAGAUCUUUGCCAGCAAACACAUAAUUGGUUUGGUUCCUACCUCUAUAUCCGAGCCCCCUCCCUUCAGAUGCCUGCUGAUCAACAAAAUGGAUGGAAGCUGCCGGACAUUCAAUGACUCAGAGCAGGAAGAUCUACAAGGCUUCGGCCUCUGCCUAGACCCCGUAUAUGAUGUCAUCUGGCGGUUCCUACCCAGCACUCGAGAGAUGUGGUGCUAUAAUUCUGUAAUAGCAGAUGCCCGCAUGCCUACAGCCACGGAUAUCCAGUCACGUUGCAGCAUCCUGAGCCCAGAGCUGGCACUGCCCUCAGGAUCCCACGCUACCACCACACGCUCCCACGGAGCCCUUCAUGUCCUGGGUUGUCUGGAUACACUUGCAGCCAUGCAGGAGCUGAAAAUGGGUGUGGCUAGUGCCGAAGAGGAAACCCAGGCUGUGAUGAAAGUUUAUUCAAAGGAGGAUUACAGUGUGGUCAACCGCUUUGAGAGUCAUGGUGGAGGUUGGGGUUACUCUGCUCAUUCUGUAGAGGCCAUUCGCUUCUGCGCUGAUGCUGAUAUCCUACUGGGUGGUCUGGGGCUAUUUGGAGGCCGUGGAGAAUACACUGCUAAAAUUAAGCUGUUUGAGCUGGGACCAGAUGGAGGUGAUCAUGAGACAGAUGGAGAUCUAUUGGCUGAGACAGAUGUUCUGGCCUAUGAUUGUGCUGCUAGGGAAAAAUAUGCCAUGAUGUUUGACGAGCCAGUGUUGCUUCAGCUGGGCUGGUGGUAUGUUGCCUGGGGAAGGGUGUCAGGACCCAGCAGUGACUGUGGCUCACAUGGACAGGCAACUAUUACCACUGAUGAUGGUGUGGUGUUUCAGUUUAAGGGCUCCAAGAAAUCAAACAAUGGUACUGAUGUAAAUGCUGGUCAGAUACCCCAAUUAUUAUACAGGUUGCCAUCUAAUGACGGUAAUGCAUCAAAAGGAAAACUGCAGACCAGUGAACCAGUUCACAUCCUGAAGCGCUCCUUUGCCAGGACUGUCUCAGUGGAGUGUUUUGAGUCUCUGCUGAGUAUCCUUCACUGGAGUUGGACCACUCUUGUGCUUGGGGUGGAGGAACUGAGAGGACUAAAAGGGUUUCAAUACACUGCCACCUUGCUGGACUUGGAGCGCCUGCGCUUUGUGGGAACCUGCUGUCUGCGCCUGCUCCGUGUCUAUAUCUGUGAAAUCUACCCAAUCUCUGCCAGCACCAAAGUAGUUGUUGAGGAGUCAAGCAAGUUGGCAGAGUGUGUGGGUAAGACACGCAGCUUACUGAAGAAGAUUCUUUCAGAGGGCAUGGACAACUGCCUGACCAAGUUAGACAACGAUCCUCAGGGCUACCUCAGCCAGCCUCUUACCUUGCUUGAAGCAGUGUUGCAGGAAUGCCACAACACAUUCACAGCCUGUUUCCACUCUUUUUACCCUACUCCUGCCCUACAAUGGGCCUGCCUCUGUGACUUGCUCAACUGCCUUGACCAGGACAUCCAAGAGGCAAACUUACGCACUUCAAGCAGUCGUCUGCUGGCUGCUGUAAUGUCUGCGCUGUGUAACACAUCGGUGAAGCUGACUUCCAUCCUGCCCAUUGCAUAUGAUGGGGAGGUGCUGCUGCGCUCACUUGUCAAACAGGUCAGCACUGAGAACGACUCAGCUCUUGCUCACCGUUUCCCCCUGCUGGUGGCGCACAUGGAGAAACUCAGUCAUACGGAAGAAAACCUAAUGGGGAUGACGAGUUUCCGGGAGGUUCUGGAAAAAAUGCUGGUGAUAGUGGUACUGCCGGUGAGAAAAAGUCUGAGGAAAGAGAUGGAGCUUUUUUCCCCACAUUUAGUAUCCAAUACUUGCGGACUUCUGGCCAGCAUCGUCAGCGAACUCACCGCCUCUGCACUUGGCUCUGAGGUAGACGGGCUGAACUCGCUUCACUCAGUGAAGUCCACUCCCAAUCGUUUCACAAAGACCAGCCAGGGUCGCAGCUGGAACACAGGUAACGGCUCCCCUGAUGCCAUCUGCUUUAGUGUGGACAAGCCAGGUGUGGUGCUGGUGGGCUUCUGCGUCUAUGGGGGAGGAGGCAUCCAUGAGUACGAACUGGAAGUUCUUGCAGACGACGCGCAGACGGAGCACCAUGGAGAUUCUGCCCAUUCCCACAGAUGGACAUCAUUGGAGCUGAUUAAAGGAACCUACAGCACUGAUGACAGCCCUAGUGACAUUGCUGAGAUUCGACUUGACAAAGCAGUGCCUCUGAAAGAAAAUGUGAAAUAUGCAGUCCGUCUGCGCAACUAUGGCAGUCGUACAGCUAAUGGAGACGGAGGGAUGACCACAGUGCAGUGUUCUGAUGGCGUGACCUUCACCUUUAGCACCUGUAGUCUUAGUAGUAAUGGCACUAACCAGACCAGAGGCCAGAUUCCCCAGGUUCUAUACUACAGAAGUGAAUAUGAUGGGGAUUUGCAGUCACAGCUGCUAAUCAAAGCCAAUGAGGAGGAUAAAAACUGUAGCCGUGCUCUCUCAGUGGUCAGUGCUGUGGUACGGGCAGCUAAGGACCUCCUGCACAGAGCCUUCGCUGUGGAUGCUGAGGACAUUCCAGAGUUGCUGAGCUCCUCCAGUCUGUUUUCCAUGCUGCUUCCCCUUAUUCUGGCAUACAUCGGCCCAGUGGCUGCAUCUGUACCAAAGGCUGCUGUGGAGGUGUUUGGUUUGGUGCAGGAGCUUCUUCCUGCUGUGUCUGCGCUGAACCAGAAGUAUGCCCCACCUGCCUUUAAUCCAAAUCAGUCUACAGAUAGCACCACUGGAAACCAACCUGAGCAGGGCCUGUCUGCUUGUACAACCUCCAAUCAUUAUGCUGUCUUGGAGAGCGAUCAUCCAUACAAGCAGGCUGCUGUCACUCAAUACAAGGUAUCUUUCCCUGACUGUGUUCGCUGGAUCACCAUUGAAUUUGACCAGCAGUGUGGAACAGCUCAGCCAGAAGAUGUCCUGAGGGUUCUUAUUCCCACCCGAACUCUGCAUUUCUCCAUCCCAAGUGUCAAAGCGCUUGCCCACGAGACCAUCAAUGCCUGGACCGAGCUAAAGAAGUUCUCUGGAUCCAGUGGUUGGCCCAGUAGUGUCCUUGUACUUCCAGGAAAUGAGGCCCUCUUCUCCUUGGAAACAGCAUCUGAUUAUGUGAAAGAUGAGAAAGCUUGCUUCUAUGGAUUUAAAUGUGUGGCUGUGGGGUACGAGUUUAACCCUGGCUCUGAAGAGGGCAUCAUUCAGCUGGAGAAGGAACUUGCUUAUUUGGGAAGUGUUUGUGCUGCUGCGCUUAUGAAGAAGGACCUAGCUUUACCUAUAGGAAAUGAACUGGAGGAAGAUUUGGAGAUUCUUGAGGAAGCAUCUCUUCAGGUAUGCAAAGCACAUUCAGGGAUCUUGGGGAAGGGACUGGCUCUGUCCCACUCACCCACUAUUCUGGAGGCAUUGGAGGGCAACCUGCCCCUGCACCUACAAAGCAAUGAACACUCCUUUCUGGAAGACUUCAUAACUUGCGUGCCCAAUUCAAGUGGAGGACGUCUAGCAAGGUGGCUUCAGCCCGAUUCAUAUGCAGACCCUCAGAAGACAUCACUUAUCCUCAACAAAGAUGAUAUCCGCUGUGGCUGGCCAACGACUGUUGUAGUGCAGACCAAAGACCAAUAUGGAGAUGUAGUGCAUGUGCCAAAUAUGAAGGUGGAGGUGAAGGCCGUGCCUGUGUCUCAGAAGAAAUCUAUUCAGCAGGACAACAUGAAGAAGUUGCAGCGCCUCCCAGGAAGCCCCUCUAACUCAACAUCAGGCAUGGAUCUCACUUUUGGUGGCCUGCCAGCACCAAAACUGGAAAGCACUUAUGAGCCCAUGAUCAUUAAGGAGGCUCGCUACAUUGCUAUCACCAUGAUGAAGGCAUUUGAGAAUUAUUCGUUUGAGGAGCUGCGCUUUGCCUCACCCACUCCAAAGAGGCCUAGUGAGAACAUGCUCAUCCGUGCUAACACAGAUGGCACCUACAGUGCCAACUGGACCCCUGGUGCUGUUGGGCUUUACACCAUACAUGUCACCAUAGAUGGCAUUGAAAUUGAUGCUGGUUUAGAGGUUGAAGUGAAAGACCCACCGAAAGGCAUGAUUCCUCCUGGGACACAGAUGAUUAAACCCAAAGCUGAACCACAGCCAAACAAGGUGCGCAAAUUUGUCGCCAAGGACAGCGCAGGGCUGCGUGUGCGUAGUCACCCCUCUCUGCAGAGCGAACAAAUAGGCAUAGUCCAAGUCAAUGGCACCAUCACUUUCAUUGACGAGAUCCACAAUGAUGAUGGUGUGUGGCUCAGACUGAAUGAUGAGACUGUAAAGAAGUAUGUUCCCAAUAUGAAUGGGUACACUGAAGCCUGGUGCCUCUCUUUUAACCAGCAUCUGGGCAGAAACCUCCUGGUUCCUGUUGAUGAGGCCAGGCGCCAGUCAGAUGAGUGUAUAAGCGAGACCAAUGGCCACCCUUCCCAUGAAUCCCCCAUGUGCAGUGUGGACAGGGCUGGCCUGGGUGGCGGACCAGGUCUUUAUAAGGUAGUGAAGACGGGACCCUCGGGUCACAACAUCAGAAGCUGCCCAAACCUUAGAGGUAUCCCCAUUGGGAUGUUAGUACUGGGGAACAAAGUCAAGGCGGUAGGCGAGGUGGUUAACCCAGAAGGAACAUGGGUGCAGCUGGAUAAGAACAGCGUGGUUGAGUUCUGCGAGAGCGAUGAGGGAGAGGCUUGGUCCCUAGCCAGAGACAGAGGCGGAAACCAAUACCUGCGUCAUGAUGAAGAGCCAGCUAUCCUUGAGCAUGGUGCUCAGACUCCUCCCCCCAGCCCCUUCUCAGUGCAGGCCUUUAGCAGAACUAUGGGCAGUGGGGCACAAGGCUUUGAUUAUGGCCUCUCCAACAACAAAGGUGACCGCCUGAGUGCCAUACUGAAUUCCAUUCAGUCUGGGCCUUUCCUCCCAGCUCCCUCCAUAUUUGAGCAAGCCGCCAAACCUCCCUCUUCCCUUGUCCACAGCCCUUUUGUAUUUGGACACUCCCUUUCCCAGCAGCAUCAGCCACAACCACAGCUUCUGAAUGCUUCAUCUCGCAGCCUUGCUUCAAGUGAGCGUGUGCACAAAAGCAGUGUGGCUGGGCCUGGCACCGCUCUCUCAUCUCUUGCUCUCAGACAAAAGGGUGAAAGAGGAAAUGUGACUCGGUCAAUGUCUCCAGCAAGCAAGCACCAUCAGGAAAGCCGCACAACUAAAGCUGACAGCCGCUCCAACCGCUCUGCUGAACAGGGCAAGAUCAAGACUAUUGAAAGCCUGUCUGCCAGCGAGGCUCUUAUCCUCAAAUCGGACACUGGUAAAUUACGCUCUGACUCGCACAGCCGUUCUCAUUCACCCAACCACAACACCUUGCAGGCUCUAAAGGCUGAUGGGAAAAACCCAGGCCUUCGGUCUGAGUCUCCAAAUCCAGGGUCACGGUCUUCCUCACCGAAACAGAAGACUGUCACCUCAGGCAGGUCAAGUCCCUCUAGCAGCAGCUCCCCACGCUCCUCCUCUCCACAUGAUAAGAACCUACCAAUGAAAGUUUGUCCCUCUUCAAAGGCUCAUCUAGACCCUCCUCGUGAGCGAUCCAAAUCUGACUCCUAUACCCUGGACCCAGAUUGUUUGAGAAAGAAAAAAAUACCACUGACAGAGCCUCUGAGAGGCAGGUCUACUUCUCCCAAACAGAAACAACUUUUAAAGGAGGCUAAAGCAGGAAUCAGCAAUUCUGAAAACUGUUCCCCAUCUCCUCAUGUUGUUCAGGAGAACCUUCACAGUGAAGUUGUUGAAGUAUGCUCUUCCAUUGCUCUGCUGUCCAACGAUGAACCCAAUGAUGAAAAUGCAGAAUUUUAUAAUGCUGACGAGGGCUCCUCCAAAGUGCAUUUCAGCAUUGGAAAGGCUCCUGUCAAAGAGGAAUUAGAAAGCCGUUCCUCACCUAAAGUCAGCCGCAAGACCUCAAGUAGGCAUGUGCGGCCCAAAAAGGACAAAUCAGGGCCUCUCUUUAAGGGCGAGAGUACCCGGCAUGCUGAGCCUGCCAAGCAGGCCAUGUCACCUUCUGUGGCUGAAUGUGCUCGUGCCGUUUUUGCAGCUUUCCUAUGGCAUGAGGGCAUUGUUCAUGAUGCAAUGGCAUGCUCCUCCUUCCUAAAGUUCAACCCUGAACUGACCAAAGAGCAUGCACCCAUACGCAACUCGCUCAGCUGCCAGCAGAGCCUUGAUGAGAAGGAAAGCAAGCUGAAAAACCGUCACUCACUUGAAAUCUCCUCUGCCCUCAACAUGUUUAACAUCUCACCUCAUGGCCCAGACAUCUCCAAGAUGGGCAGCAUCAAUAAGAACAAGGUUCUCUCUAUGCUUAAAGAGCCACCCUUGCCCGAGAAAUGUGAGGAUGGGAAAGGUGAGCAGGCUUCCUAUGAAGUGACCAGCCACUCCACAAUGAGGUCAAAGUCUCUCCUACCCCUCACUCUCCAACACCUUGUUGCUUUUUGGGAGGACAUCUCUAUGGCAACUAUCAAAGCUGCCACACAGAACAUGAUUUUCCCCAGUCCUGGUUCUAGUGCCAUACUGAAAAAGAAGGAGAGUGAGAAAGACAGCAAGAAGGCAAAGAAGGAGAAGAAAAAGAAGGAGAAAGCCGAGGUUCGCCCCAGAGGGAACCUGUUUGGGGAAAUGGCGCAGCUGGCUAUGGGAGGCCCAGAGAAAGACACAAUCUGUGAGCUUUGUGGAGAGUCUCAUCCUUACCCUGUUACCUACCACAUGAGGCAGGCCCACCCAGGAUGUGGGCGUUAUGCUGGAGGUCAGGGCUAUAACAGCAUCGGCCACUUCUGUGGGGGAUGGGCUGGGAAUUGUGGUGAUGGUGGCAUAGGAGGGAGUACCUGGUAUCUGGUUUGUGAUCGUUGCAGAGAGAAGUACCUGAGAGAGAAACAAACCGCAGCUAGAGAAAAGGUAAAGCAGUCCAGGAAGAAGCCUUUGCAGGUGAAAACACCUCGAGCACUUCCCACUAUGGAGGCGCACCAGGUGAUCCGUGCCAAUGCCCUGUUCCUGUUAUCCCUGAGCAGCGCAGCCGAGCCAAGCCUGUUAUGCCAUCACCCACCCAAACCCUUCCACACACACCUACCUAGCCUGAAGGAGGGAGUUUCUGAAGAGCUGCCAAAUAAAAUUGGCUGCUUGUAUCUGCAGACCCUGGCUCGUCAACAUACAGAGAAUUUUGGAGGCUACCAGGAUGAAAACCUGUUCCAGGAUGAGAUGCGCUACCUGAGAUCAACAUCAGUACCAGCUCCUUAUAUCUCUGUCACACCUGAUGCUUGUCCCAAUGUCUUUGAGGAACCAGAGAGUAAUAUGAAGUCCAUGCCACCUAGCCUGGAGACAAGUCCCAUCACGGACAGUGACACAGCCAAACGGACAGUGUUCCAACGCUCUUAUUCUGUGGUGGCUUCGGAGUAUGAUAAACAGCAUUCGUCUUCUCCUGCGAGAGUUAAGGCAGUGCCCAGGCGGAGGGUACACAGUGGAGAUGCAGAAGUGGGUUCCUCCCUCCUGAGACACCCCUCUCCUGAGCUGUCUCGACUGAUCUCAGCGCAUGGCUCCCUAAGUAAAGGGGAAAGGAAUUUCCAGUGGCCUGUGCUGGCCUUUGUCAUUCAGCACCAUGAUUUAGAGGGUCUUGAGGUGGCCAUGAGACACGCUCUGCGCAAAUCAGCUUGCAGAGUAUUUGCUAUGGAGGCAUUUAAUUGGCUGCUCUGCAACGUGAUUCAAACCACCUCUCUCCAUGAUAUCCUCUGGCAUUUUGUGGCUUCUUUAACUCCAUCUCCAUGUGAGCCUGAGGAAGAAGAAGAGGAAGAAAACAAAGGCAGUAAAGACACAGUGGAGCAGGAGAAAGAUUUGGGUGUGUGCGAGCAUCCUCUCUCUGACAUAGUCAUUGCUGGAGAGGCAGCUCACCCUCUACCCCAUACCUUCCACAGACUUCUCCAAACCAUCUCUGAUCUGAUGAUGUCACUCCCUGGUGGCAGUUCCCUUCAGCAAAUGGCCCUCAGGUGCUGGAGUCUCAAAUUCAAACAGUCAGACCAUCAGUUUCUGCACCAGAGUAAUGUGUUCCAUCACAUUAACAACAUCCUGUCCAAAUCAGAUGAUGGAGAUAGUGAAGAAAGCUUUAACAUCAGCGUGCAGUCAGGAUAUGAAGCCAUCAGUCAGGAGCUGUGUAUGGUAACCUGUUUGAAGGACUUGACCAGUGUGAUGGACAUAAAAACAUCCAGCCGGCCCGCUAUGAUUGGCAGCUUGACAGAUGGUUCUACUGAGACAUUUUGGGAGUCAGGAGAUGAGGACAAGAACAAGACAAAGAGCAUCACCCUCAGCUGUGUGAAGGGGAUCAGUGCCACUUACGUUUCCGUGCAUGUGGACAACUCCCGUGACAUUGGGAAUAAAGUCACUUCAAUUACAUUUCUCUGUGGAAAAGCAGUGGAAGACCUCUGCAGAAUCAAACAGAUUGACAUGGACUCGAGGCACAUGGGCUGGGUGACCAGCGAGCUACCUGGUGGGGACUACCAUGUGAUCAAGAUUGAGAUGAAGGGUCCUGAGAACACACUGCGGGUGAGGCAGGUUAAAGUGCUUGGCUGGAAGGAGGGGGACACCAUCAAGAUAGCAGGGCAAAUCUCAGCUAGCGUGGCUCAGCAGAAGAACUGUGAAGCAGAAACCCUUCGUGUUUUCCGCCUCAUCACCUCACAGGUGUUUGGAAAGCUGAUUUGUGGGGAUGCCGAGCCUACUCCAGAGCAGGAGGAGAAGAACCUGCUGUCAUCUCCAGAGGGUGAAGACAAAGCACCGUCUGAUGCUGAUUUAAAAGAACACAUGGUUGGGAUCAUAUUCAGCAGGAGCAAGCUCACCAAUCUGCAGAAACAGGUAUGUGCACACAUUGUGCAGGCGAUACGCAUGGAAGCUACACGCGUGCGUGAGGAGUGGGAACAUGCCAUCUCUAGUAAGGAGAAUGCCAACUCGCAGCCCAGUGAUGAUGAUGCCUCCUCAGAUGCAUACUGUUUUGAAUUGCUGUCAAUGGUCCUGGCUUUGAGUGGCUCCAAUGUAGGCAGACAGUACUUGGCUCAGCAACUCACCCUACUACAGGAUCUGUUCUCCCUACUUCAUACAGCCUCGCCACGUGUUCAAAGACAGGUGACCUCACUGCUCAGACGGGUCCUUCCUGAGGUUACUCCUGUGCGCUUGGCCAGUGUUAUUGGUGUGAAGUCUUUGCCACCAGCAGAUAUCAGUGACAUCAUCCACUCAACAGAGAAGGGUGACUGGAACAAGCUGGGGAUACUGGACAUGUUCCUGGGAUGCAUUGCCAAAGCCCUUACUGUACAACUCAAGGCCAAGGGCACCACAAUUGCUGGCAUAGCAGGCAUGGCAGCAGCCAAAGGUGUCACAACAGUUACAUUGCCCAUGAUUUUCAACUCCAGUUACAUCAGGCGAGGGGAGAGUCACUGGUGGAUGAAGGGCUCAACACCACCUCAGAUUGCUGAGAUCAUCAUUAAGUUGGUCAAGGACAUGGCUGCUGGUCAUCUCUCAGACACCUGGUCCAGAGUAACCAAGAACGCCAUUGCUGAGACCAUUAUUGCUCUUACUAAGAUGGAGGAAGAGCACCGCUCACCAGUGCGCUGCAUUGCUACCACACGGCUCUGGCUGGCUCUUGCCUCUCUCUGUGUGCUGGAUCAAGACCAUGUGGACCGGCUAUCAUCAGGCCGCUGGAUGGGCAAAGAUGGCCAGCAAAAACAGAUGCCUAUGUGUGACAAUCACGAUGAUGGUGAAACUGCAGCCAUCAUCCUUUGUAAUGUGUGUGGAAACCUGUGCACUGACUGUGACCGUUUCCUUCAUCUGCACCGCCGUACUCGCUCCCACCAGAGACAGGUGUUUAAGGAAGAAGAGGAAGCCAUUAAGGUUGAUCUCCAUGAAGGCUGUGGAAGAACCAAACUCUUCUGGCUCAUGGCACUGGCUGACUCAAAGACCAUGAAGGCCAUGGUGGAGUUCAGAGAGCACACAGGUAAACCGGCUUCAAGCAGUUCAGAUGCUUGUCGUUUCUGUGGCACCAGGAAUGGCACGGAGUUGUCUGCAGUGGGGAGUGUGUGCUCAGACCCAGACUGUCAGGAGUAUGCAAAGCUGGCCUGCAGUAAGACUCACGUGUGUGGUCACCCUUGUGGCGGGGUAAAGAACGAGGAGCUGUGUUUGCCCUGCUUGCACGGCUGUGACAAGAACACUGGCUGUCUGAAACAGGACGCUGAUGACAUGUGCAUGAUCUGUUUCACCGAGGCUCUGUCUGCUGCCCCUGCCAUCCAGCUGGACUGCAGUCAUGUGUUUCAUCUUCAAUGCACACGCAGAGUUCUGGAAAACCGUUGGUUAGGGCCUAGGAUAACAUUUGGCUUCAUGUCCUGUCCUAUCUGUAAGAACAAAAUUAACCACUCUGUGAUCAAAGAUCUACUGGAUCCCAUUAAAGAGCUCUAUGAAGAUGUGAGGAGAAAAGCUUUAAUGAGACUGGAAUAUGAAGGGCUGCACAAGAGUGAGGCCAUAACCAUGAGUGGGGCUCGCUUUUACAAUGACCCUGCUGGAUUCGCUAUGAACAGAUAUGCUUACUAUGUUUGCUACAAAUGCAAAAAGGCUUAUUUUGGGGGAGAGGCACGAUGUGAUGCAGAAGCAGGACAGGGAGAUGACUAUGACCCCAGUGAGCUUAUCUGUGGCGCAUGCUCAGAUGUGUCCAGGGCACAGAUGUGCUCGAAACAUGGAACAGACUUUCUUGAAUACAAAUGCCGUUACUGCUGUUCUGUCGCUGUGUUUUUUUGCUUUGGGACCACACACUUCUGCAAUGCCUGUCAUGAUGACUUCCAGAGAAUGACCAGUAUCCCCAAAGAAGAGCUGCCUCAUUGCCCUGCAGGCCCUAAGGGUAAACAGCUGGAGGGGAGUGAAUGUCCCCUGCAUGUUGUGCAUCCUCCCACUGGAGAGGAGUUUGCUCUGGGCUGUGGUGUGUGCAGAAAUGCUCAUACCUUCUAAACUAAUGGGGCUUGUUGUACGUUACUGUCCGAGUCCCUGUUUUACCUGCAACUGCAGACUCCUGCUUCAGCCAGUCUGAGAGGAAUGUAUGGAUGUCUGGCUUAAUAAAGCAGUGAUGCAGCACUGUGCUUCGGGAUUCUGUGUCUCUCUCUCAACAGACCCUGAAGAACCCAGGAAAUAGUAAAACAAAAAAAAAUAAAAAUAAAACUUGUGACGUGUCUGCAUGCAGCCGUUGUAACCCUCGGCUCCCUUAAACUUUGCUCACCACCCGAUCACUGAAGUGUACCAAUAUGGAAACUGACUCUUUUCCUAAUCCUGUACAGUAUUCUCCUCUGUUGAGUGCAUCUUGGCUUAGCAGAAAAGACUUCAGUUCAGAUCAUAUAUAUGGACUGUUAAGAAUGUUAUGAUGGCAGGAAAAUAGUGUACGAUUUAUCUAAUCUUGUAUAUAAUGAUAAUAUCCAAAAUAGGUGUAUUCAGAUGUUGCUACUCUACACUUCAGUUUUGUUUGAUAUUCUGGGUUUUGUUUUGAGCCAGAACUUUUAAUGAAGUGCAAUACUGGGUGUGCCUCCUAUCUUGCAGCUGUAAACAUGGAAUGUAUGUCAAUAAAGCAACUGUACAUUUUUAUACAGUGACACGCUGCUGUGUUUUCACCUGGCAAAUAUAGCAUCAUUCUUGUGCUCAGAAAAUUUGAUGGGCCUACAUCUGUCACGUGUGAGGGGUUAACGGGAACCCUUUCAACUCUUCAGUGAUAUAAUGUGGUACAAAACCAUUUUCUGUCUUUUUAAAACCAUAAAAGGUGAGUAUGUUCUAUUAUUGUAUUGUAAAAAAAUAGAACACAAAUCGUUGGGAUGGGGCCAGUCUACACACCUAAAAAGAAUAUUAGACAUUGUGAAUUUGUUUGGAGGUGUGAAUGUGUGGAAGUGUGAAAAACAGCUGCUGUAAAAGAGAAAAUAAUGCUACCUGUAAAUUUGCUCUGUAUUGUCUGUGGUGGAUAGAGUUGGGUGGUAAUAAACCAGAUCCUCUGUUCUGCAAGGUACAUUA